AUGUUCUCUGCCAUGCUGAUGGACGCCUACCGCGAUGAACGUCCUGGCGUCCGCAUGGCCUACAGAACGGAUGGCCACCUCCUCAAUCAGCGGCCGACGCACUUCCAUUUGCGUGUAUCCAAAACGACCGUCCAUGAACUUCCCUUGGCCGACGACUGUGCCCUGAACGCCAUCUCGGAAGGGGACACGCAAAGACGCGUGGGCCUCUUCGCUGCCGCCUGCGACAACUUCGGCCUGGUCAGCAACGCGGAGAAAACGGUGGUUACGCAUCAACCGCUACCCGACGCUGUCUACGGGACAACCCAAAUCAACGUUAACGGCACCCAACUGCAAGUCGUGGACAACUUCACCUCCCUUUUCCGCAUCACCAAGAUCGACGAUUAA